UUCUUUACGGAGUUUCCGCCAUAAGCGGUAGACGGAUGCGCUGCGGCCCGUCGUUCGGAGUCUGUGGUUUUGAGAGUGAAGAACAGAGAAAACGCUGCUCCCACAUCUCCGGAGGCUGUUUCACGGCGGAUAUUAGAGCUCAGAGACCCUUUCAGGCGCUGGGUUUGUGAAGUCUGUCCGAAGAUGAACUGCAGCACGAACGUCGUUCAGGUGACCAACGUGUCCCCGAGCACGACGUCCGAGCAGAUGCGCACCCUGUUCGGCUUCCUCGGCACCAUCGAGGAGCUCCGGCUCUUCCCUCCAGAUGACUCGACCAUGCCGGUGACGUCUCGUGUGUGCUUCGUGCGGUUCCAGGAGCAGGAGUCGGUGGGGGUGGCCCAGCACCUCACCAACACAGUGUUUGUGGACAGAGCUCUUAUAGUUGUGCCCUAUGCAGAAGGUGUGAUUCCGGAUGAGUCGAAGGCUUUGUCGCUGCUGGCGCCUGCCAAUGCUGUCGCUGGGCUUCUUCCAGGAGGAGGGCUGCUACCAACACCCAACCCUCUAGCAUCGAUGGGAGGUGUUCCUCUGGGUGCUCUUGGCGGUCCUGCCAUGUUACCAGGAGCUGGCAUGAAUCCCCAGGCUCUUUCAGCUGAGCAGCUUCUGAAGUUAAUGUCCUCAGUGGAUCCCAAAAUGAAUCCGAUGGCUGCCAGUAUGGGUCUGAAGGCAGACGCUUCCAGCAAAGAGAUUGAGGAAGCUAUGAAGAGAGUCCGAGAGGCCCAGUCUCUGAUCUCUGCUGCUAUUGAGCCUGGCAAUAAAAAAGACAGCAAACGCAAGUAUUCCCGCUCCAGAUCCAGGUCCAGAUCCAGACGGAGGAGAUCACGUUCCCGCUCUCGACACAGGAGGUCCACCAGCAGGUCCCGGAGGCGCUCUCGUUCCAGGAGCCGCAAGCGCUCCAGAAGCCCCAGGAGGAGGAGGUCUCGCUCCAGAGACAGGAACCGACGCUCCACCAGCAGAUCCAGGGAUAGAAAGAAAGAGGAAAAAGACAAGAAACGCUCUAAAACGCCUCCAAAGAGCUACAGCACCGCCAGGAGAUCUAGAAGCACGAGCCGGCGGCGCAGAAGGAGUGUUAGCCGAUCUCCCCGAAGAUCUCCAAAGAGGAGAGCGUCCAGGUCCCCGUCACCAAGAAAACACAAGAAGGAAAAAAAGAGGGAUCGCGAGAGGGAGAAGGAUCGAGAGCGCGACCGGGAGAGGAGAUCGGAGAGAGAACGCUCUUCCAGCAAAAAGAAAAAGAGCAAAGACAAGGACAGGGAGAGAGAAAGAGAGAGAGAGAGGACGUCUGACAGUGAGAAGCGAGAUGUGAAGGUGACCCGAGACUACGAUGAAGAAGAACAGGGCUACGACAGUGAGAAGGAGCGGGAGAUGAAAGAUUCAGAAGAUUCCGGCUCUUCUCCUGCCCGUUACGUGGAUGACGGUGAGGGCAAACACAGCCCAAAGCAGUCCAAGCAAAACGGUGAUGACCACCAUGAAGAACAAGACAUGGAAGUUAGCGAUUGAGGCCCUGUAACAGAAUGAACUUUGAGUUGAAUGAGGAAAGUUGCGAUUACUUUUGUCGGCUAUGUAUCUUCUUUAUUAACCUCACAGUUUAACGUUACUCUUCGACCCUCCCUUCUUACCCUCGUGCUGAUUUAGAGUGACUGGACUGGGUUAACUAGUAAUAAUUAUUGGAACACAGGAUAGAGGCUGCAUUUCCUUCCUUCUGUUGUCACAUGUAUUUGCCUUACAAAAGGGAAGGAAACAGAAGCAUUCAGUUUAACUGCUGACCGGUCAGACAGCGCUCGGUAUGUGCAUCUUUUCUGUCAUCUCUCCUCGCCAGUACUUUUUCUUUUAAGUGUUCGAGUGACUGUCAAACAAAAUGAGUUGCUUUUUUUGUCUGGUUCAGUUUUUUUCACCCUCACUCAUAAAACUAUGCCUGAGGUAACAGGACAUGGUGUUGGUGUCCAGGAAAGUGUAUUGUUUUGUGUUGGAAAACAUUCUUGCCCCAGUUUAUCUGUUUUGAUACCGAUUUGGAACAUUUGUCAUUUUAAAUAGUGGGUUCAUGAUGUAUGUGUAUGAUUAGUGCUUUAUAUCCUUAGGCAUCAUUCAGUAGUUGGUCAUUCAGGAGUUCAAAAGUGUCAAGUGAAAUUUUUAUACUGUAAAUAAACUCACUUGAGUGGGAAAAGGUGUUGCCUGA